AUGGCACCAGACCGUUAUCUCUCCGACAGCUCGGAUGCUUCGCCCUUGGGCAAGCCCCUCAAAUUCGAGUUUUCUGGCAAGACAGCUAGCAACAGGUUCUUGAAAGGUGCUAUGACAGAACGACUUUCGUCUUGGGAUCCUAAGGACUUCAAAAAACGUGGUAUCCCCUCAAAGAAUCUCGUCAAUGUCUACAAGCGUUGGGGUGAAGGCCAGUUUGGUCAACUCUUGACUGGAAAUAUCAUGAUCGAGUAUGAUCAAUUAGAGGCAAUGGGAAACCCCAUCAUCCCUCGAGAUGCAGAAUACUCUGGUCCACGAUUUGAGGCAUUCAAAGACCUUGCUACUGCUGCCAAAGCCCACGGAAGUUUGAUUGUUGGUCAAGUCAGUCAUCCGGGUCGACAGGUCGAGAACAGGAUCCAGAAGAACCCCGUGUCAGCAUCCGACGUUCAACUAGAAGGAAACAUUAUGGGAAUGGAAUUCGCCAAACCGCACGCCGCCACUACAGAUGAGAUCGCACAGAUCAUCGAAGGCUUCGCGCAUGCUGCAGAGUUUCUUGACAAGGCAGGCUACGAUGGUAUUGAACUCCACGGUGCUCACGGCUACCUCCUCGCACAGUUUCUUUCUCCCACAACGAACCGUCGGACGGACAAGUACGGCGGAUCUCUAGAAAACCGUCUACGCCUCACCCUCGAGAUUGCAGACGCAAUUCAGAAGCGCGUUUCCAAGGACUUCAUCGUCGGAAUGAAGGUUAACUCGGUCGAAUUCCAAGACAAAGGAUUCUCUCCCGCAGAAGCCAAGGAGAUGUGCCAGGCAUUAGAGAAAGCACGCUUCGACUUCGUUGAGCUGUCUGGUGGAACCUACGAGUCGUUGGCCUUUGAACACAAAAGAGAGAGCACCAAGAAGAGAGAAUCAUUCUUCAUCGAGUUCGCUGAACAAAUCGUUAAGCCUUUGACGAAGACUAAGACCUACGUUACUGGAGGCUUCAAGACUGUGGGGGCAAUGACCAAGGCGCUUGAUACCGUCGACGGAGUGGGACUUGCUCGCCCAACGUGCCAAGAGCCUCAUCUUCCGAAGGACAUCUUGGAGGGUAAGGUGACCGGUGCUAUUAAGAUCAAGCUUGAUGACAAUAAUUUCGGUUUGACGAACGUUGCGGCUGGGACUCAGAUCAGACAACUUGGCAAAGACCAGGAACCCGUUGACCUUAGUGUACAGGCGAACGUGGAUGCGUUGAUGCAGGAUAUGGGGGCGUGGGGCCAGAAGUUGGGUGCUGAUAAGGAAAUGAAAGAAUAUGGGUAUAUUGAUCUUAGUGCAGCAGGUAAGCCCUAUGUUGCAUAA